AUGGGUAAUGGAGCCUCUCUGAAGAGGAACUCUCUGGCUGGUAGCAGAGCUAAGCCAUGGAGUUACUGGGCAAGCGUCAAGACACAUCGCAUGAUGCAUCUAGCCACAUUAGCCAUGCGUCAAAAUCUACGACAUGGUUACUAUAACCUGUGGUCAGUACCUCGUGAAUUGCGUGCCCCAUGGCAACAAAUUUUAUUUGAGGCGUCCAAAAAUCUACAAAUGCAACGUGUUCAUGCAAAGUUACUGAAACCGGUGUUCGAUGACGAAUAUUUAGCAUUACUUGAAGGUAAAAUUCCUGGGAAAAACUUUCAACGUUCCGGGAAAGAGGUGUGGGUUUUUAUGAGUUCUACAUUUACUGAUACUCGCAUUGAACGUGAUUUGCUAAUGGAGGAUGUUUAUCCAUUCAUCAGACAAUAUUGUCGUCAUAUUGGAUUGAUUUUCAAUGUCGUUGAUUUACGUUGGGGAGUCCGAAAAGAGCGUUCUGAUCAGCAUGAGGCAGUUGAUAUUUGCAUGAAAGAAGUUACAAGAUGCAGACAGAACUCUGUUGGUCCAUAUUUUGUUGGAAUUGUUGGAAAUAAGUAUGGAUUCCAGCCAAUUCCAAGCAGUAUAGAGAAAAGCAUUUUUGAGAAGUUAAUCAAUUAUCUUGAGAGUGUACCUAGCAAAGACACCGAAGACACCAGAAUAAUCAGUUUACUCAAACAAUGGUAUCUAUUGGACACCAACAAUGUGGUAUCUGAGUACAUCUUACAACCAGUUUCUUAUAAAUACCCGGGAUAUCUGAUUGGUGAUAAGAAGGAUAUUGAAUCAUGGCACAAAGACAGUGAAGAUAUGCAAUUAGCAUUGAGAAAGGCCGCUAAUCAGGUCCAAUUAGCAAGCAAAAAAUAUCAAGAGUUCAAUAUUUCAAUUACUGAAAUGGAGUUCCAAGGUGCUCUCGAUGACGAUUCCAUUAAUGAAGACCAACACAGACAUUAUUUUUUCAUGCGUUCACUGCAUGGAUUUGAUGAACACCAUCCUAUGUCUUACAAAUACAUUGAUAAAGAUGGCAAGCGAGUGGAUUUUGAAGCUCAAAGAAAGUUAGAAAGACUUAAAAAGGGAAUUGAGGAGAUAAUUCCAUCAAAAAACAUCAGUAGGUAUACAUUACAGUGGAAUGGGGAGGAUGAAGACAAUAUUAAUGUGGAAGAAAAUAAAGAGAAGCUUCGAAUGUUUUGUGAUCAAUUUUGUUCAUAUAUGGUGGAAUCCAUACAGGCAGCUGCUGCUUCCCUGGGUGGACCUGAUGAUCCAGUGUAUGAUGAAGUAUAUCAACACAAUAGUUUCUGUGCUGAUAGAAGUGAUUAUUUUAUUGGUAGAAAGAAUCUAGUGGAAACUGUUAUGCAAUAUCUUUCACAAUUACAUGGGAAUUUACCAUUUGUCAUACAUGGUAUCAGUGGAAGCGGAAAAACAUCUAUUAUUGCGAAAACUUUCACGUCAUCUCUGCAGAAUUGGGAAUCAAACGACACUGGCAGACCAGUUCACAUUGUACGAUUCCUUGGGACAAGUCCAGCCUCUAGUAAUGUACGUGAUCUGUUACACAGUAUAUGUAAACAGUUAUGCUAUAUUCAUGGACUUGAUGUUUCUUCUGUGCCUUAUGAUUAUGAUAAAUUGUGUAAUAAAUUUAUGGAGCUGAUAAUGAUGGCGUCAUCAGACAUUCCACUCAUGUUGUUCCUGGAUUCAUUGGACCAGCUAUCAGAUGAAGAUGAUGGUCGAGAUCUAAGAUGGCUACCUGUCACAUUACCAGAAUACGUACACAUUGUUGUCAGCACUAGACCAUAUGCAGGUGGUUGUCUGGCUGCAUUACAGAUUGCAAUAACAUCAAGAGAGCAGUACCUAGAGGUGCAGCCAUUAGCAGAAAGAGACCAGUCAAGCAUGCUGGGUUCUCUUCUAAAAAAUUCAAACAGGUCUCUGACUCCAGCUCAGAAGCAGCGGGUAUUGACAGCAUAUGAGGACAACAAACCCACUGCUUUAUAUUUAAAGUUAGCAACGGAUAUCGCCUUGAAAUGGAAGUCAUAUACGGAUAUUGCAGACUGUCAUCUUGCACCAACAACAGUGGGGUUAAUUACACAACUUUUCAAAGAAUUGGAAGGUGAACAUGGUGAAGUUUUUGUCAGUCGUGCCUUAGGUUACAUCACUGCUGCUCGAAAUGGUCUCUCAGCCAAUGAACUUUUAGAUAUUCUGUCAUGUGAUGAUGUGGUUCUUGAUGAUGUCUUCCAAUACCAAUCACCACCUGUGAGGAGACUACCUCCUUUGUUAUGGCUGAGAUUGAAAAGUGAUUUAGGAAAUUAUCUUGUUGAAGGCAGUACAGAUGACACAAUUGUCUACAGAUGGUACCAUUAUUUGUUUAUUGAGGUAGCAAAACAAAGGUACUUGAGAGAACUAGGAACUCAGUUACACCAAUCCUUGGCUAACUAUUUCAUGGGAAGGUGGGCACACUCUCCUAAACCAUACCGUAGCAAACAAACCGGUAAAACAAUGUCAGCUUUACGAGGAGUGCCUGAACAACCUCUGAUUCUGGAUAUGAACAAAGAAACCAACAUGACAAUAAAUAAAGAUGGCAGUGCAAUACAUAAUAAACGCUACAACUUGCGAACACUGACAGAGUUGCCACACCACCUCAUAGAAGGAAAUAUGUGGGCAGAAGCUGAAGAGAUUAUGUGCAAUAUUCCAUGGUUAGAGGCAAAGUGUAUGAUUGGGAGGACUUAUGAAACCUGCCUAGAACUUGCACAGGCAUCAAUGAAAUGUGAUACAAGUGGUAAUAAGUUGGACCAUUUCUAUAAAUUUAUGAGAGCUAACAGCCAUGUGUUACAACAGCAGCCUGAUCUGAUCUGCCAACAAGCCUUGAAUCAACCAGACACCUCCGCCUGCUGUCAGAUAGCAAAGGAGUAUCUCCGAGAACACCAUUAUAGAAUGCAGUGUUGGAUUGAUAUGUCAAAAAAACAGACUGCCAGUCCUUUGGUGUUAACAUUGCACCAUCCAUCGGCUGUCACACUGUGUGUCUUAUCUCGACAAUGUCAGUACUUGGCAGCGGCUUGCAGCGAUAAAACAUUGAGAGUAUGGCAGGUAGCCAACGGUGAGCAUUUAAUGACAGUGGAAUGCGAUGCAGUAGCCGCCAUAUUCCCAUCACAUCAUAACUGGUUGGUCGUUGCCGAACACAACAAUCUUAAGAUAUUUGGGAUGGGUCAAGGUGGCACUUCCAAAGGGAAACUGAUGAAGGUGAUACAUGUGGACGUGGAUCACAUUCCAGCUAUGUUUAUACCAAAGAAUAACAAAGAGAUUCAUAUGGUGUCGUUUGGGAAAUUCUAUAAAUUCAGUAGUUUAUCUGGUAAAAUGUUACAGAAGAAAGAAUUGAAGACUCGUCCAAAAGCUGUGUGUUUUUCACCAGAUGGUAAAUGCCUCGCCGUCGUCAGCUCACAGAUUUACACAAGGAGUUGUACUACAGACGCUGAGAUAAAGGUAUUUGCAGCAGAUAAACUACCGACUGAUUUGACAAAUUCUAAGAUUGCAUAUUCUGCGGAUGGUAAACGCUUGAUAGCCGUUUUGCCAAAUGGUACAUUCAUAUGGAAUAAUUAUAGUAGUUCUCCAAAUCCAAUCAAAAGACUCUCAAUUAAUUGCCUUUAUCCUUGGAUCUCGUUUGCACCAAAUCUAGAUUUCAUAGUGACACCCGAGUACAAUAAGUUAUCGAUUUGUUGUCUAUCGCCCUCUGUUGGCUGGGCUACGAUAGAGGAACACACAGCAGUCGUGAAAUCAUGUCAUUUUCAACAAGGAGUACAUAAACAGAGUACAUUGGCAGCAUCCUCUAGUGAAGAUGGUACUGUUAGGAUAUGGGAUACUGCCUAUAUCAGGCCUGAUACAGGAGCUGACAAAGAAAUGCCGAGUCAUGGUGGUGCUGUGAAUUCCUGCGUGUAUUCCAACGAUGGCGCUAAAGUUGCAUCGUCAAGCACUGGUAAUAGUUGCUGGGUGUGGUCAACUACAUCAACUCCUCCUAAGUUGUACAAGAUUCUGAAACCACCACAUUCUUGUACCAUUGGUAAAGUAGCAUGUUUUUCUGAAGAUGGUCAUUUUGUGGCGUCGUAUUGCUCACUGGGGAUUGAUGUAUGGAAUCUGAAUAGUUCAACUGAUCACUAUGAUAGUACAACUAUAAGUGGAGAACACAGAUUACUUCCUUACAUCAAUCCAAGUCACUUAUUUACGAUCUUCAACCAAGAUGGAUUAUAUUCCUGUUUCACUCCUAGUAACAGACCUGGAAUACUAAUCCUUUAUCCCAUUCUGACGGCGGAGAUCCUGGAACAAUGGAAAAAUCACAAGGAUAAUCCAAAUUUCUAUGGAUAUAAUCCAUAUCCUUUGGAAUUUGAUCACGGACAAGGAUUUCAGAUUACUGCUGCUGCAAUGUGCAGCUCUGGGGAAGUCUUAGCAUCCAUUCAAGUACCAUUACGUGCCUAUUUCCAAACAAACAAAGAACAGCAAUACUACAUCAUGGCAGCACCAGAAGUUAUAUUAUGGGAUAUAACAACACAACAAACAAUAUGGCGUUGUCAGUUGCCUAGCAACCUCACUAAACAUCAUGGCAUCAUAUUUGACGAAUCAAGUCCAGUUAUACUGAUGCAACAAAAAGUCUCAGAAACUCGUAAACCAUCAGCAAGAAUGAGACGCCAUAAGAUAGAUACGAAUGAUGUUGCAGUCAGUGAAAAAAUUCCUGAGGCAAUCAUACGAGUUUUUGAUGGUCAAAUAGGUGAAAUAGUUGACACGUACUCUGAAACUGGCGAAUACUCACACUUGUUUCAAGCGACACAGUUUGCCGCACUCAAUGGCCAUAUGACACGACUGAACCACUUUCACAAACUGAACGGUUGGCUUCUUGGUGGGAUUAUCAAUGGCGUACUACGGAUAAUAGAGAUUGCGACGGGUCAAACCGCAACCCGGUUUGUGCUUACGAAUACAAGAGUAACUGCGUUUAGCAUGUCAAUAGAUCGGAAGUUUGCUGUGGUAGGGUGUGCCAAUGGUGAAGUACAUUUCCUGCGAAUGGCACUUGUGAAAGGCAAUACUUUAUAA